UGAUGAUGUGUAAUUCUCUGUUUGUUGGAUUCGUUUACUACGUAAAAUAGCAAAAAAUAUCCGUUAAAAGUGAGUAUUUCCGUCUGAAAACUAGUGCAAAACGAAGAUCGAACGUCCAGGAAUUAUGUUUGUAUCAUUGUGACUAAAAAAGGUAAUAAGAAUUAAAGCAAGCAAUAAGAAAGAAUCAUGUCUGCGUACGAUCCUGGCGGUGGUGACCCCGGGACGGGCUCGACUCCCGAUUUGACCAGCCUGCAGGAGAACUUCAAUCAACAGCAGGCGAAGAUAACCGCAUUGCGUGAGCUGGUCCGUCAGACGGAGAGUGCCCAAGGCAAGAAGACCGCUUCGGCGCAGGAGAAAGUCAAGAACAUUGCCCAGCGCUUGACGCAGUACAAAACGAAAGCGACCAAGUCCCGGUUGAGCCGUGCAUCGAGCUCGGAAGUGCACCAGGAUCUGCUGGCCACCCGCAUCAACGAGGAAAGUUUCGACGUCACCGGGGAAGAGUAUGAAGAGCAGCAGCACAUGUCCCUCCCGGUGAUGCCUGGUCCGAUGCCGGUUCGAGCUCGUUCCGAAACGCCGGGCAGUGAAAAAUUUAACCUGCUCAGGCAGCAGAUGGAACAGAAUCGGCUGAAAAUGGCAGCCAGGGAGAGCCACAAGCGGGAGAUGGAGGAACGGGUGAUCGAGCUGAAGCAUAAAUUGGAGAGCACUCAGCAGACGCUGGAACGCUCGGUGGAAUUCGGACGAUCCACCGGGGAUUUGACCUUAUUGACGCCGCUGAAGAUGGGUCGAUUCGAGUUCAAUAAAUCGACUUCAGAUUUGACGCAGUUGGUCGGAAGCGGAGUCAGUUCCAAUUUUGACGUCGAACGUUUGAAUUAUCUGGAAGGCAGGGUCAAGAUUUUGGAACAGGAACUGACCAACAAGGAGAAUAUUCCCGAGAAGGAUGAGGUUGUUCGUAACUUGGAACGAAAAAUUCUGGAUUUGGAGGAAGCCCUGAAAGAGAAAGAGUGCGUAAUCGAAGCACGAACACAGGCCGUUUCUCUGAUGUCGGAAAAUCUUUCUUUGAAGGGCAAAAACACUGUUGAUUUGCUGGAGGACACUAAGCAGGAAAUGUUUCGCAUGCAAACGAACUUUGUGCAAGCGGAGUCGAACAUGAAAGCCGAGCUCAACCGUCUGCAAGUUGAGCUUGAUGAGAAAAACAGCAAAAUCUCCAACUUGGAAGAGAUGAACAAUAUUCUGGAGACAGCUCGAUACGAUCUGACGGUGGAAAAUGCCAGCCUCAAGCAGAAGCUAGAGGAUGUUCAAGACUUCAGCACCAAGAUUAGCGAACUGAACAAGCUCAACCAGAGUCUCCAGCAUCGCAUCACUGAACUGGAAAGUCAAAAGUACGAUUUCAUCACCGAUGCCGAGGCUGAGCAGGCAAAGUUCGGCGAAAACGACGAAAAGUAUCAGGAACUGUUGGACCGCAUUCAUGAACUCGAGGAGGAACUCUCUCGCAAAGUCGCACCCGAAGAAGACCUCCUUGAAAAGAUUCGCUCGCUGGAGGCCACAAUCCAGGCGCAAAAACAAGAGAUCGACAACUACUCGCAGCAGCAAGCUGAAUUGCAGGAAAACCUUCAGGAAAAAACCGUCGAACUAAACGUUCUCAAUGCAAACUUCUCCGUUCUUCAGGAAAAACUCAAAACUGCCGGGCCCAAGCCCCUAUUUCCCAAAUCGGCUGAAGAGGAAGCCGAAGUCGAGAACUCCAAACUCAAGCAGCAGCUUGAUGAAGCCAACAAGAGCAUGAUCAAAUCCAAACUGAAGAUCAAGCAACUUCAAAAGCAGGUCGAUUCCUUCAAGAAAACAUCCUCCGUGCACGAGGAAGUGGUCCGCCUCACUGACGAGGUCCAAACGCUCACCCAGCGCCUCGCCGAAGUUGAGGAAGAGAAGGGCAACCUUCAGCUUCAUCUCGUCAACUACGAUGGCGCACUGCCGGACUCCGAACUGGAGAAGCGCAUCAAAAUCCUCGAAACCACUUGCCACAAUCAAACCACGGCCAUCCAGCUGCUCGAGGAGCAGAAGAUCGACAUGACGGACGACCUGAACUCGACCAAAACCCAGCUGGAGAUGAUGCGCGACCAGGUUAAGGAACACCAGGACCAAGCGGACCAGUCCGGCACGGUUAUUUCCGAGCACAUGUCGUCGAUCGAAACGGAGGAACAGCUGGAGAAGUGCGUCGCCGAUCGGGAGCAGCUGGUCGAGCAGGUGCACCGGCUGGAGGAGGAGCGCACCGAGCUGCAGCAGAAGCUGGACCGCUACAUGGUGGAGAACAUCGAACUGUUGGACAAGAUCGAGAAGCUCAGCCUGGAGAAGGUCAGCUCGGCGGAGUCGAUCGAAAUCGUCGAGGGGCUGACGGCCAGCGAGAAGCAGGAAAUCGAGAGCUUCGAGAAGGCCUGUCGGAAGCAGCAACUGGCGGAACCGCCCGGUGGGGUCGAUGAAGUGGACAGAGAUCGCCCCACGCACGAUGACGACGAUGACGAAGAAGACGACAACCAUGGGCACCUGCCGGAGCUUCACGAACGACAGGACGAACCGACCGGCGACAGCGAAGGCGAAGACCUCAAUUCCAGCUUGGUGAAACUGCGCGAGGAGAGCAGCGAGCUGAUGCACAAGAUCGAACUGUUCACCAACGAGCGGCGCGAGGUUCUGGAAAAGUUGGAAGCACUGACGAUCGAGAAUCAGGGCCACAUAGAAGAGCUGGGUCGAUUGCGGGGCGAGCAUCGAGAACUGCUGCAGAAGCACACCGCCAUGGAGGUGGUGGAAAGGGAACUUCGGGAUACGUUGACGAAGGUGGAUCAGGAGAAAUCGGUGUUGGUGGAGGAGUUGAAUGCGGCGAAGACGUUGAAGGUUAAAAUAAUGGAGAGUGAGGCGAGUAGUCCAAGUUCAAGUCAGAGUACACCGUCGAAGAGCAUGGCCGCUAUCGAUAGGGAAUCUUUCGAGCUGAUGCUGCGAUCGGUUGACAACGAAAUCCUCAACUAUAACAAGAACAAGGACAAGUCCAAGAAGUUGCAGAUUUCGAAAAAGCUGUCGAUCGACGCGAAAAAUCUGCAGAAGAUGACAAAUAACUUGCUGGAGGAGUACUACAAGACGGUGUCGGAUUGCGAAGCGAUGCGAGCGGAGAUUGAGCAGCUCAAGGAUAAGGUUCAACGAUUGCCGGAAGUGGGUCAUAGCGAAGAGGUCAAGUUGCUGAAGGCGCAAAUUUUAGAGAUGACUCAUGCGCAGAUCGAGAAAGUAGAACAUAUCGAUCAUCUGAAGGAAGAUUUGGAGGACAAGAAGGCGGAGAUUGCGGAAUUGAAGCGGGACAUGGAAGCAGUGAUGGCCCGGGAGGCAGAAAAGUCGUCGGAUGACGAACCCGAACUGUUGAAGGUGGAGUUGAAUAGCAGGAACGACGAGAUAAGAGAGCUGAAGAAGGAACUGGAAAUGUUAGGUGUCAAGAAGGCUGGGGAAGUUGAGGAAGUGCAAACCAAGCUGACAGCGGCCACGAAGGAGAUUGAAAUUUUGAAGGAGCUGGUGGCCGAACAGAAGCAACAGCUGAUCGAAACGUAUCAAGAGCAUGAGAAUGAAAUCGCUGCCAAGUUGAAGGAGAUUCAAAACUAUGAGAAUAAGGCACAGCAGAUGGCGGAUCAGCUGAAAGAAAUGACAGAACAGUUAGCUCAAGUUGGAGAAAAGUAUUCGAUUCAAAUGCAGCAACAAGUGGAUGAGUUGAAAUCGUUGACGCAGAAACAGUCCGAUGAGAUCGAACAUAGACAGGAAACUAUCGAUACGCUUAAUAAUCAGAUCAUUGAGUUAUACAAAACAAUGGAGGAUAACGCCAAUAAGAUAAUUGAGAAGGAAGAUGAGGUUCAAUACCUGCAAGAGCUGCUCGAAUCGAAGAAGGACGAGAUUCAAAUGCUGUAUGAAAAGCUUGCGCUGGGAAAUAGGACGGUUGAGGAGCUACGAGAGAAAUUAGAUGAAGCUUUGGCAACGCCGGUACCAGUCGUAGAUGAGUCUCAGCUGAAAGACCUCGAGCAAAAGAAUAAAGAUCUUGACGCCAAGAACAAAGAGCUGUUGGAGAAGUUGAAGAAAUUCGCCGCAAAUCUCAAAAAGAAGAACACACAUUGUCAAGAACUAGAAGAAAAGUUGUCAAAGUAUCAGCAAGAACUGGAGGAGGCGAAGAAGUUAGCGUCCGAGGGGACGUCAGCAGAAGAUCUCAAGGAGGAGAACGAACAACUGUCUCAGAAGAUGCAUCACUUGAACAACGAACUGCACAAGCUGCUUCAGCUGAAGUACAAUCUGGAAGCGGAGAAGCAAUCGGCUCUGCAAGAAGCUGCACAUCUGAAGGAUCAAAUACAAACAAUGGAGACGCACGUAAGUGAGUUGGAGGUGAAGCAGCAGGAACUGGAGAGUGAAUUGGCGGAGCAACAGAAGACACUGGACGCGGUUCGAGCGGAUGACGCGUCGAAGAAUGUGAAAAUCGAAAAGUGCAAGGCAAUCAUCAAGGAGAAGAACAAGGAGAUCCAACGGUUGCAGGAGCACGAACGGAAGACGGCGUACCUGCAGGACGAAAUCAAGAUGGCGCAGAGCAAGCUGGAGGACUUCCACAAUCAGACGAUGAUGAUCGGAAAGUUGAAGACGGACAAGGAGGCGUUGAAUGCGGAAUCGAAACUGCAGGUGGAACGAUGCCAAACGUUGGAGCAGGAAGUUUGCGAAGGCGCGGAAAAGAUGCGCAAGUUGGAGGUGGAUUUGGAGAUUAGUGAAGAUGAGAACCGGCAGCUGCGGGGAAAGAUUGUGAAACUGGAGCAGGGAAUAUCGUUGGUGGAGGAGCGGCGGAACUCGUUGGAGCGACAGAAGAAGUUGCUGGGGGAAAAAUUGGAUGAAAAGCAGCAAGAACUGAUACAGCAUGAGGAUGAGCUGAUGCAACGCCUUGCGAAUCUGUCACAGCACGAUGAGGCCGUGGAAGGUAAACUGAAGGAAAAAGAAGAGGAGCUGCUGGAGCUGGGAAGCAAACUUCGGGACGUUGAAUACCAGAAAGAUCAGCUUCUGUCAAAGUUGAAUCAACUGGAAUCGCAAAAGGAAACGUACGAGGAAAGUGUCAAGCGUGCCUCCGAGCUGGAGAACGAGAAUUACAAUCUAACACAGGAGAUUGGGGCGUUGCAAGUGGAAGUGAAACGAGUGCUGGCCGAAUCGGAUGCGAAGGUUUCGGAGAAGGACUGCGAGAUCGAUCAGCUGGAGUACGAGCUGACCAAUCAGCUCUCCAAGAUUGAGGAUGAGCGUAAGCAACUGCAGGAGAAUUUGGAACGAACGCGAGACAACAAUUCCGAUCUCCAGGACGAAGUGGUUCGCUUGCAGGAGAAUGUGAACUCUCUGGAGCAGCAGCGAACGGAUUUGGAGAAGGAGAUUACGUGGUUGAAGAUGCAGAAUGAAAGUCUCAAUCAGGACAGCAACGAGCUGCAAGAACUUCGGAUGCAGAUUGUGCAAGAUCAGACCGAGGUGGAGAACUUGAGGGCGCAAAGCGAAACUCUGGCUCAGAACCAUCAGUUUGAAAUCAACGCUCUGAGGCAGCAGAUUGCCGAUAUGGAAGCCAUUCGGACGCAGUUGAGUCAGAAUCAGACCGACGAUCAAGCGUCUGUGCAGAAUGAAAUGAUGAAGCUGAAGGAGCGUCUGGAUCGAAAGGAAGCUGAGGUACUUCAACUGCAACAGGAGAAUGUUCAGCUGCAGAUGACAUCCAGCGGAUUGGUGGAUGAUCCUUUCUCAAGUUUGCAGGCCAGUUCGGAACGAUCGACGGUCGCUUUGGAGGAGCGAAUUCGAGAGUUGGAGAACGAUGCCACCUGGAAGGACUCGAGGAUACAAGAGUUACAAAUCGAGAAGGAUUUGGCCGAUGGCAAUCUCGGUGAGUUGAAGAAGCAGUUGCAGCUGUUGCAGCAAACCGUGCUUAAGAGCGAGGAUUUGGAAGUGCAACUUGCGCAGAAGAGUUCAGAAUUGGAGCAGAUGAGUAAGCAACUGUUCCAGACGGUCCCGGCGAAGAAACCGGUUCAAGAAGUUCAAGAAGCCAUUCCAACCUUCAGUACUUCGCAAUUCUUUGCCGCUCCUGGAGAGUCGAGUACGGUAUCAUUGUUUGACACGGCUGACGACAGCUGGGGUUGGGGUGAACCCGUGGCUCAACAGCAGUUUAAACCCCUUCAGGAAGCGAUAGUUGAACAACCGAACGAACUGCAGCUUCUACGCGACGAAAUAGAGCGGCUCAAGAGCCACAAUGAUGCUGCUUCCAAAGAAAUCCUGGAGCUGCAAAGCAAAUUAACAUCAAUGGUUGAUCGCGAUAGCGAGUUCCACCAGUUGAAGGACGAAUUGGAUAUCUUGCGAGCGCAGAACGCUUCCUUACGUCAAGAAGUGGAUGAGAAGGCGACAAGGCUUAUAAACGUGGCACAAACGCUGCUGGAGGAACAGCUGAAGGUCAGUCAGCUGGAGGAACAAAUUCAUAGCAAGGAGACGGUUGUCGCAGCACCUUCCGUGGCGUCAUUUUUCACCAGUUCCGGAUCUCAGGGCCCCGUAUUCGAGGACCUGAUCGUACCGAAGAAAGCCUACUCGUGUACGCCAAGUGCUUCGGAAGAGCGAGAUGAUUGGUCUGUGGAGGAACCUGCCGUGUUAGCAACGGCGACAGCUUCUCAACAUGCUGUUGGCUUUAUGCCUAAGUUAGACGAUCUUGAGUCUGAGAAACUUCGUCAGCAGAUUGAACUGCAGUCAAAACAGAUUCAUGAGGCCGAUCAGAACUAUUCGAAGGCGCAAACAACUCUGGAGCAACUGCAGUUGGAGCUGGUUCAACAACAGCAACGUAGUGCGGAACUUGAAGAGCAACUUCGUGCAACCAUUGCUGCUCACCAGACUGAAUUGGAAAGCCAGACGAAUGCAUUGGCUGAGCGUAAUGACGAAUUCCUUCAAUUGAAGGACGAAAUUGACAUUCUCAGAGCACAGAACUCUUCCUUGAAUUAUGAAGUGGAUGAAAUGGCAUCAAAGCUCAAAAAUGUUGCGCAGUCGUUGCAAGAAGAGCAAAUCAAGGCGAGCCAACUGGAGGAGCAACUCCACAACAAGGAAUCAUCCGUUGUAGCACCCUCGGUAGCAUCGUUCUUCACUGAUUCAGGCGCCCAGGGACCGGUUUUCGAAGAUCUUGUCAUACCGAAGAAGACUUAUCUUUGCACACCAAGCGCGUCCGAAGAACGCGAAGAUUGGCUCGUGGAAAAGCCUAUUCUAAAGGAAACCAUGACGCCUUCACAUCACUCUGCUGGUGCUCACCACCAAGAACUUGAAGAUCUUAGGGUCCAGAAUCAACUGCAACUGAAGCAAAUCAGCGAACAAACCGAUGAACAGUCCCGAACGCAGACAACUGUAGAACAACUCCAGCACGACCUGAGCCAACUUCAGCAGCGCUACGGACAGUUGGAAACCCAAUUGAAUGCCUCUUUAGCAUCCCAUCAAACCGAAGUUGAAGCCUUGCGCAGUCAGCAGACCCAACUCAACAGUCAGAACCAAGAGGAGCAAAAGAAACUCAAGGACACCCUGAACCAAUUGAUGCAGCAGAACCAAUCCCUCGAACAAGACCGCGACGCAUAUCUUCAACUCCAGGACGAGUUGGACAUUCUAAAAGCGCAGAACGCUUCACUCCGGCAGGAAGUGGACGAAAAAACCGACCGCAUCAAGCGGGUUUGCCAAACCCUCACCGAACAGGAAAUGCGAGUUUCCGAUCUGGAAGAACAACUCGCCAGUCGAGAGCAGUUACAGUCCACCACGACUGCUGCCUUGUUUGGUGGUCAGUCAGUGCCGCCGGCUGCUGCCGUCUUCGAAGAGAUCAUCACACCCAAGCGAGCAUUCCAAGUGGAACCCUCGUCGUCGUCCAACAUCCAACUGGAGGACGAUUGCUGGGGUGCCGAAGAAGCCAUACUGGAAGAGAAACAUCAACAGACUUCCAGCGGUGCGUUGGAGCGUCGCAUCUCCGAGAAGGACGACUACAUUCGUCAAUUGGAGUUGGAAAAGGAACGACUGCUGCAGGAAAUCGUCGAUCUGAAAGUCAAAUCCGGAAAACUUCUCAAGAAGGUCAAGGAGUACAAAGUCAAAAGUGAGAGCCUGCAAAGACGAUCGGCGUCUAUGGAAACCAGUGAGCUGGAUCUUGCCAUUCAGGAAGAGCUCAACACCCAAAUCAAAGCAUUGGAAGGACGCUUGAGCGAAGUGCAAGCGGAACGAGAGAAAGAUACGAUCGAGAAGGAUUCCCUACUGAAACGAAUCGACGUUUUGGUAGCCGCCAACGAACGGUUUACCGAAAUGAAGGAACGACAGGACGUUCAGAUGGAAAUCCAAGUGGCAAAGAUCAAAGAGUUGAACACCAAACUUCAACGGCUAGAAGACUGGGGCGAUGAGAGUGAACAAAAAGAGAACAAAGUAGCAGAGCAAGUUCAAGUUCCAAGUGAAGAAACUGGCCCUAUGAAGGAACGCGUGCAAGAGCUGGAAAGAGAAGUCCAAGACUUGAAGGUCGACAACGAGGAACUCCAAGCUUUGCUAGACGAAGAAAAGGCCAACGUUGAGAUUCUGGAAAAACGCGUCCAACAAAAAGACCGCGAAAUUCAAGAACUCAUCGAGAAAAUCGAUCUCCUCUCACAAGACUCCCAAACCAUCAAAACCAACCUGGAGAGUCUGAACCGACAGAAGUCACAGGAAACCGACGAUUUGAGCACAAGGCUCACACAACUGAUGGGCAGGAACACCGAACUGACGCAACAGAUCGAAAAGAUGCGCACCGAAAGUCUGUUCCAAUCGUCCGAACAGGAGGCGAAAUUGCACGAACAGCUGCAGCAGUUAAGCGCGCAGGUGCAGUACAAAGAAGCCGAAGUUGUUCAUUUGCGCGAGCGAAUCGAACAGCAAGCGAGAGAAGAUCAAACCCAAUCGCUGGUACAGGAGAUAUUGGUCAAGAAUCAGGAAAUCACCGCACUGAAAGCCCGAGUCCAGCAGCUGGAAGCCGAUCGGCAGGAGAUGGAACAUAACCUCACCAUGCAGAUUACCAAGGAGCUUGCAUCCAGCAGGCCGGAAGAGAAGAACCAGCCUCGGCUCACCGAGCUGGAACGGCGCAACCAGGAACUGCAAACCGAGAAACUACAAAUGGAGCAGGAACUCCAGGUGUUGAACGAUCAGGUCCUGCGCAGUCUAGAGUUCGAAGAUCGCAUGAAGGGCACAGUUCUCGAACUGGAUGCAAAGAACAUCGAAAUUGAAGCGCUGAAGACUUCCCUCGAGCUGAUGAAGCAGGCCAGCGAGGCUAGCGGAGAAAGCGCGCACAGUUCAGAGCAGUCUACACCAACGACGACGGCGAAGGGCGAGGAAGAUCUCCGGAAACAGAUUAAGAAGUUGAAAAAAGAGCGUGACGAAUUGGAGGCGAACUACCGAAUAACGCUGGAGCAGAGAGAUGCUCAUUGGUCGCAUGUUGUGGAAGAACGUGGAGCACAGGUGGCGGAGAGCUGGAAGCAGCACGUUGAUCUGCGGGAAGCGGAGUUCUCAGUGAUCGAGAAGAGUUUGCGGGAAGAGAUCGAUCGGUUACAGGGCGAAGAUAGGGAGACGUCAGGGGAAUCGGAACCGCCGGCAGAGAUGCAGAACAUGAAGGCAGCCCUGGAGGCGCAGGAACUGGAAAUUGUCACUCUGAAGGAGCAGUUGGCGAUUCGAAGUGCGGAGUAUGCGCGCUUGGCUGCGCAGGUGGAUCCGUUCGCGGUGAAACACGCCAGCAAUAUGGUCACCAGUGAGCCAAGACCUCAACCGGUGCAGGAUGGUGACAGAGUUCCGCGGUCGGAGCUGGAGCUGGCGCUGUAUAUGAUCUACCAGCGAGACAUGCGAUGCGAGGAGUUGGAACUGGAGUUGCGGAAUCUGCUGACGGAACGGGACUCUUUGCAGUUGAGGCUGUCGAAUGCCUUACGGCAGCACGAGGAUUUCAAGAGGAAAUUAACGGAGGUGCCAGGAGAACCUUCCGGAGACUCGGCAAGUGACGUAUCGAAAACAACCACACCGGAGAAAUCCCUGCAGCAGAUCGUACAGGAGUCGGGUAUAAGUGCUGCGGUAUCGGUAUCGACCUCGAACGCACCCGGCCAGAUGUCGGACCUCAGCAGCAAACUGUCCGAACUGCACUCGAUCGACCAAGGACGGGACAAACGAGUGCAGGAGGAACGGGAAGAGCGCCACCGGCAGAUGACGCUAAUUCAGCGCGACCUUGCCCACAUGCCGCUGGAGGCGGCGGCCAAGAUUGCCGGAACCAAUAUCUCUCAAGACGAAUCGUCGCCCCAGCAACCGCAGAGCGCCUCAACCCUUCUGAUCAACUGGAUCCUAGGUAAGAAGUCUGACUCCUAAGUUCUCAAAGUCGAUCGUGUAAGAUGAUUCCUAACAGCCUACAUGUGUAAGGUUCAAAUAGCUCUUAGUCACAGCAACUAGUGGUAAUCGAUUUUAGCAUACAAACAAAACGUAAAGAAGUUCGUAGUUAGUGAAGCGAAUCAGGGUACAAGCAGAUUAGAAGCACUCACAUCACCAACUAAAAGUACUAAAAGCGAACGAAUGACCGACGAAAGACGUCGACGAUUCCGAACCGAGCCAGUUCGGUGAAGCACUUUUCCCACGUUUGGUAAAGCAAAUCUUCACCUUCUCUUUUGAUCCCACUGCGAUGGUGGUGGGCGUGGACCGACCCUACCCAGACUCGCCCCGAUCCUCGUGACCUACCCAUAGUUUCGUUUGACUUAUUGUUUCCGAUGCCUUCGAAGGCACCCUAAAACUUUAAACAUUUCUUGUGGCAUAAGGAGAUCGGUUGUUGCAGAGUGUAGUUCCCACUUGCGCGUGAGUAUGCGCGGGUUUUACAGGGAUGAUUGUUGUUGAGCGCGAUCGCGAUCGGAUGAUGAUGAUGUGCAGUCAAGUCAUUAGGUAGCGGAUUUAUUAUUUGUUUUUAGGUUCAAAUUUUUUCUUGUUUUCUGUUGUAAAAAUUGCAUUUGUCUUAAUGUAUACACGGUAAAAAAUAUACACGUCCAUGUGAACUGUUCUGCAUUUGAAUAUGCACUACUUUGGAAUCAAAUCAAUAUCAACAGCUGAGCUCAUCGCAUUCAAAGACCACCACUUCCAUUUGACGUGCACAAUAUUUUGAAUAUAAAGCAACAAAAUAAAAAAAUAGAAUUGCCUCAACUCAGAUUUGAAUAACAUACCUUUGAUUGAAAGUCCUUCGUCUUACCAUGACUCCAUCUCACACUUCGAAAUACCUCUUGAAAUAAGCAGAACAGAUGAAAGAACUGUCAUCUAUUUUUAGAACAACACCAAUAUCGCUCCACUCUUAAAUCAAUAGCCUUGAACCUGUGAAUUCAAUAGCAUAGCACUUUCAAUUCUAGUGGAGACAUCAUUGGUGCUGAUCAAAGUGCUAAUCAUUUCAACAUCCAGUGAGUAGCACUUUGAUCAAUCGAUGUUAUGGAAUUGUCUGCAUUCAACACACUUAUGAAAGGUGUGACACCACUUCAAAAUAAAAGGAAUAUCAUUUUCAAUAAUAGUAAUUGUAAAGUUGAUCAUUCAAUAGAUGGAACAGUUAAAUUGAGCGUGUUGUUUUUUUACCGUGUAGAACCCUUAUCACUUAGCUUCUUCUUUUGUGUACAUAAAACGUAACUUACUACCUACUGUAUCCAAACUAUAUUGUGAUUGUUUUUAUCCUAAUUGGUUCAGAGAGAUACUUUAGACAAAACAAAUCGAUGUGUAUUAUUGGCCAGGAAAGAUGAAAAUGAGAAAAUUAAAAGCCAAAUUAUCAGAAAUGUUA